UCCCUCUCAUUUUGCUGUUCUCUGAAUCUUCCCAACAAACUUGGGAUUAUUCAUUCAGAAUAUGAGCAGCAAUGAUCUUUCAUCAUCUUCCUCAUCGCCGAUGUCAUGCUUGGGUCACUUCUGCUCAUCGGCUCUCAGAGCCAAACCUCUGGCUCCGCCGUCGUCGGAGACUUCCGUUCGUACAAACUCUGGCCAAGGCCUCAUCCGUCGUCUCAGCCUCUUUGACCUGAUUCUCCUAGGCAUUGGCGCCUCCAUUGGUGCCGGCAUCUUCGUCAUCACCGGCACAGUUGCUCGCGACGCUGGCCCCGGGGUCACAAUUAGCUUCAUUAUUGCUGGAGCAUCUUGUGUGCUUAAUGCACUCUGUUAUGCUGAGCUAGCUUCUCGAUUUCCUGCAGUUGUUGGAGGAGCUUACUUAUACACCUACACAGCUUUCAAUGAGCUGACUGCAUUUCUCGUGUUUGGUCAAUUGAUGCUUGACUACCACAUUGGUGCAGCCAGUAUAGCCCGUAGCUUGGCAGGUUAUGUAGUUUCAUUACUUGAGCUCAUUCCAUCUCUCAGAGAUAAUAUCCCUGCCUGGGUGGGGCAUGGUCAAGAUAUUUCUGGAGUAUUAUCUAUAAAUGUGCUAGCUCCGAUUCUGCUAGUACUUCUGACUAUAGUCCUAUGCUGGGGCGUAGGAGAAUCUUCUAUUGUAAACUCUGUCAUGACGGUCACAAAGGUAGCCAUUGUUUUUGUUGUCAUCAUUGUUGGAGCUUUUAAGGUGGAUGUUUCAAAUUGGACGCCUUUUGCUCCAAAUGGUUUUGGAACAAUACUGACUGGAGCAACUGUUGUAUUCUUUGCAUAUGUUGGAUUUGACGCAGUUGCUAAUUCUGCUGAAGAAUCUAGGAGACCACAGCGGGACUUACCAUUAGGCAUAAUGGGGAGCCUUCUCGUCUGUGUUGUAUUAUAUGUUGGUGUUUGCUUGGUGAUUACUGGAAUGGUCCCUUACCAAUUUCUUGGAGAAGAUGCUCCUUUGGCUGAAGCUUUUAAAUCCAAGGGCCUAAAUUUUGUAGCUGUCCUAAUCAGCUUUGGUGCUGUUGCUGGACUGACUACAACCCUUCUGGUUGGGCUUUACGUUCAGUCACGACUGUAUCUUGGGAUUGGAAGGGAUGGCUUGCUUCCAUCAAUUUUUGCUAAAGUGCAUCCAACUCGGCAUACCCCCAUUUAUUCGCAAAUCUGGGCUGGUAUUAUUGCUAUGGUGUUGGCUGGGCUCUUAAAUGUACAUGUACUCUCACAUAUUCUCUCUGUUGGUUCACUGACGGGCUAUUCUGUUGUUUCAGCGUGUGUGAUAACUCUCCGCUGGAAGGAUAAGAAUACAAGUAGGUUUUCUACUAGGUGGAUUUCAAAGAGAGGAGAAGGAAUCAUUUGCCUCGUAACAAUAGCCUGUUGUGGUUUUGCUAGUGGUUGCAUUUUCCGUUUUGGUGCUUCAUUUAUUUUUGUCAUUGUAGCUGCAGUUAUCGCAAUCCUUGCUGCUCUUGCUCUUCACUUCUGGCAGAUUUACACAGAUCCACCUGGUUUUUCUUGUCCUGGAGUUCCUAUUAUGCCAGCUAUAUGCAUUUUUCUCAACAUUUUUCUGUUUGCCCAGUUACAUUAUGAAGCCUGGGUCAGAUUUGUUGUUCUGAGCAUCAUUAUGGUUGGUAUUUAUGCAUUCUAUGGGCAGUAUCAUGCUAAUCCUGUACAGGGAGUUUCACUCGUUUAAAGGCUUCUUGAUCUCCUUUAAAAGCACUGACCACACUUCUACGUACUCUACUAGCUCAAAGGGAGGGAUGCUUUUAUGGUCCAACAGAGGAGCCAAAGAGAUCUGUCAUUUUGGCAGUCCUACCUUCAAUGCCCAAGGAUCCAAGGCUGUGCAGUGUAUGCCGUACUCGAGCUACUCUGGAAAAUUUCAUGCUCCUGACUGCCUCUGUUGAUCAUCCUUUCCCUUUCGCUUGCCAGUAUGCUAAUUAAGCUAAUGGAGUCAAAUGUUAUUUGCAUUGUCUGUAAUGGAUGGACAAGUGAAGUCCCAUGUCAUUUUCAACAGGUUUUGUAAAUACUUGUACGUGUUGCGAAUAUAACUAUGAUAUGAUCUACAGUCAAUCUUGUCCACUCCCUUGUUGGAUGUAGUCUGCGAAUGCUUGCUGGGUUUCUGAAACUAUAAAAACUGUCAAUGGUGAUAGAAUUCACACCGAAUAAUUUGAGAUGCCCUCUGUCUGAAAAGGAAUUAUUGCUGCAAUGCAUAUGUUAAAAUCACAUGUUUUGGAUAGCUGAAUUUGGUUGCUUGUCCC